AAAACUGCCUUCCAUUGCAUUUCUCCAGCGGACUGACCAGGCCCUCGCAGCCACUGCACGGUGGCCCCAAGCCGGGCUGAUUCCCCAACUCGGACCGGGCAGCUCCGGUGGUGGUGGUACAACCGGCGGACGGCAGCGUAUUCCUCUGAUGGUUCAAUUUGUGGACUAUUCUGCAAAAACAGCCCGGGUUGUCCCGAAACCCUAAACAAACUGCGACACACAGCCCCAUGCAUAUGACAAACGGGCCUGUCUGUAAAGCAACUUUGUGUUAUUUGCGGGGGCUCGGAGCAGAUAAUCUAAGGUGAGGCUGGGAAAUUAUUGUCUGGGGGAUUGGUGACGCGCACUUCACUUCAACCUCUGCGCUGUCAGACUAGGAAGUGAGGGUUAUACACGCCCAUUUCAGCUGUCGACCCUGGCAAAAAAAAGCCAAAACCCCGUUGAUCAGAUACAGCAACAGACUUUAUAAACAUGCAAACGCUUCUGGAUGUACGAUACGGAGAAUAAGCUGCAGGACGCUGCUGAUUUCGGGAGUGUGCUAAAGUGUUGAAGGAUGGACCGAGAGCUCAUUAGGCAGAGCCAAUCAGAGCACGGCGAGGCCACCAAUGGGACGAGCCCUCAGACCGCCGCUGCCCCCUCCAGCUCCGCCCCCGCCGCCUCCGCCUCCUCCUCCACGGCCACCCCGACACCUCCUCGGCUCACCCCUAACCCCACUCUCCUGGAGACCCCGCCCCCCACCCUGACGCCCACCUCCUCCUCGCCCCCGCCCCCCCUCACCCCUGCCCCCUCCCUCUCCGUGCCGCACGGCCCGAAGGUGGCGGCGGGCGCUGCGUCCCCCCACAUGCUCAUCCCGGCGCCCCCGAAGCUCACCUCCACCACCACGCCCGCCCUCCGUACCUAUUCCCGUCCCAUCCUCCCCUCCCCGUCGAGCGUCUCCAAAACGCCCCCCUCUCCCACAACACAACCCCCUCCCUCCUCCUCCUCCUCCUCCCUCCUCCCCCCGCCCUCCUCCUCUUCGUCAUCCUCCUCGUCCUCCUCGCCCGCUGUACCUUGCGCCGCCUCACUUCCCUUCUCCUCCUCCUCCUCCUCCUCUGUCACGCAUGGGAACGCCACCGCAUCAGCCAAGCCCUCCCCCACCCUGACCAAUGGGAACACACGGCCCAUAUCCACGCCGACCUCCACACCAAUCACGCCCUUUCACACGCCGGCCAGUCCCACUGGCAGACAGGUAUCGCAGGCUCAUCCUCUGGGCGCACCUGGUCUUGUAAGAGCCAAUCAGAGCCCCUCACCUGUCAGGCAGAGGGUAUCCCAGCAGACAUUGCUCCUAGGGAAAGGUCUCAAAGGGUCUGGCCAAGACCAGGUGCUGCUUAGAGCUCAGAUGCUGAUUCUUACGUCUGCUAUGCGACCUGCCUCAUCCUCCUCUUCCUCCUCUACCUCCUCUUCACCCUCUCCCCCUUCCUCCCAUCCUGCUUCCGCUCAGCUGCAGAGCCUCACCCUGAGGCCUCCGCCCCCCGGGACCCUCACCAUCCCCCCCUCCCUCCGCCUCAAACCCCCCUCCUUGGCCCCUCCUCCCCUCUCCCGGCCUCGUAACCCCCUCUUCCCCCCGCUCAGACCGCGUCCCCAGCCCAGCGCCAUGGCAACAGAGAGCCCGACGCCGACCACUCGCCACCUCUCCGUCCCGCCUCCAACUCUUUACUCUCCAGUGCGAGCCGUCCCUCUGAGACCCAGACUCCACUCUCCAAACGGCCACCGAGCGGCGCCGCCGAGGCAGAGCUCUCCCCUUCAGCCCGUCGCCGCCUCCCCCGCCGGCCACACCUCCCCCGCCAGCCGGCAGCUGGCCGGGCUGAAGACCUCGCCGUUAUCCCAACCCACGCUCAUGCCCGGCCAAUCCCAGCACGCCUCAUUAUCGAUGUCCAAGCCCAUGACGGCCGCUUCCCAUUUUGAGCGGUCACCAUCCGCAGCCCGGCAGCUGCAGAUCAUCGCCCUGUCCUCGGGCCGCCAGCCUCAGGCCGGCACGUACGCUCACGCUUCGGUCCAAUCGGCGCCUCCGGUCGUGGAAUCAGCCGAACUCGCCGGCCAAUCGCAGAGGACUCUGAGCGGUGAAGACGUGCUCCCGCUCCCUCUGAACCCCUCGCUGCCAAAAACGACCUCUCCCCUGCCCUCGACUCCGUCUCUCCUGUGUCCGUCGUCCCCUCUCAGCCAAGCCGGUGCCCAGACACAGCCUCUGCUCCAGCAGGGCGACAAACAGGGCCGGCCGAGGGACAGCGAAGAGCUAAGAGAGAGAGGGAGAGCGGCCGGGCUAAGACAAGAGACCGAGGAAGAGGAAAGUGUCGGGAAAGACCUGCGGGUGGAGAGAGACGACCAAAGAGAGCGAGAGAAGACAACCGAAGAGAAACAGAGACUUGUGACCGAGGAGGAAGCCAACGUCAUGGGUCAGAAGGAGCAGAGAGAGGAAAAGGUUCAAGAGGAAGAGAGGAUGGAGGUGACCGAGGAAGGCCAGAGUGAGAGAGAGAGGACGGAAGAGAGCAAGGAGAAGAAGAUGGAGGAGGAGGAGGAGGAAGAGGAGACGGCUAUGGACCAGUCGGAGAAUCUGACCAGUCAAGUUUUCCAACAGUACCAGAACGUAGAGCCGAACCCAAAGCUGGGCCCAGCUGCCGCUCAAGACUCCGGCCCAGAGCCGAACGCCAUGCUGGUCUCAGUCCCAAUCCCAGUCUCAGCCCCUGUCCCAGUUCCAGUCCCAGUCCCAGAGGUGUCUGUCCCGAGUCAGAGGCUGCCGGAGCCUCACAGAGACCUGCAGCCUGUGAGCCAGGAGGACUUCUGUGAGAACAUGUCGACCCAGUCAGACAACCAGUCAGCUCUGUCCAGCCUCUCCUCUCAGUCUCCGCCCUCCUCGCCCUUCAUCGCCCCCCCGGCAGAAAACCCUCCCCCUCUCCUCCCCGCUCAGCCCGCCCACCCGGCCGACCUCAGCCUAUCGCAGCACGAGCCCGAGAAAGACGACAAACCGGCCGACCAGACGGAGCGCCCGGCUGAGCCCGAGAGCCUCGAGAACCUCGAGAACCUCGAGAACCUCGAGAACCUCGAGCGCCUCGGCCAAUCGGAGGACGAGUCUGAGAGUUUCGGCCAAUUGGACAGCGGACCGUGGGCGCCAAGGGCGUGGCCUGAGGGGAGACAGGUGCUGACUCACCUGGUGGAGGGCUUCGUCAUCCAGGAGGGGCUGCAGCCGUUCCCCGUGAACCGCUCGUCCCUGCUGGUGCCGGAGCAGGUGAGCAAACCGCAGGAGGUGAACGGGACCAACGGGAGGGAGGCGCUGCCGGCGACGGACACGCUGGAGCCGGCCGAGCACUCCACCGACUCCGACAACGAGGAGGCAGGAGACACAGACGACCCCGGGACCCGGUCGGGCCACAGGGAUCGAGCCGUGCUGCACUGCCAGUUCUGCGGGAAGCGAGGCCACGCCCACAACUUCAUGCGCUCCAAACGCUUCUGCUCCACUUCCUGUGCGCGAGGGUUCAACGUUCGCCUGACGAAGCGCCUGCGGGCUCUGAGUGCGGGAAGCCGAUCUGAGAGGCCCAGGCCGACUCUGAACAGGGCGGAGUCUGUUCCCGGGAAACCCCUCUUACUGCGGCUGCCUCGUGACCUGUGGAGCGCCGGCCGCCGCGAGAAGGACGGGAAGGACGAGGCGGAGGAUGAGGGAGGGGCCGAAGACGACGGAGGGGACGAGGAUCCCGCCAUUGCCAUGACGACCAAGAUGGAGCGGCGCGCGGCGAGGAGAGCGAGGAGGGCGUCCGAGCCGGCCGUGACCACCUCCACGCCCACCACCACCUUCAAGCCCGGCCCCUCCCAGUGGAGUGUGGAGGAAGUGACGGCCUUCAUACACACACUGCCAGGCUGCAGCGACGUGGCCGAGGCCUUCAGGCUGCAGGAGAUCGACGGCCAGGCGCUGCUGCUGCUCACCGAGGAUCACCUGAUGACCAGCAUGAACAUCAAGCUGGGACCGGCUCUCAAGAUCUGCGCUCACAUCAACGCCCUGAAAAACCAAUGAGAGGACGGACAGACAGAGACAGAGAGAGAGAGAGAGAGAGAGAGAGAGAGAGAGACAAAGAGAGAGAGAGAAAGAGAGAAGAUCUGGGAUGUGACGGGAAAAAUAAGGCAAUAAAGACGUGGAAAAGGGAGAGGGAAAAGAUGAAGAGUUGGGUUGGGUUCCGUUAAGUUUUGGGACCAAGUUAGCAGAAUAACCCGGAUGUGUUAAUCUCCAAGAUGAACCAAUCCUCAUUUCUCAAAAAUUAAACGAGAAUACAGAGAAAGGCAAUAUUGGUGGCGUGAGGGUUGCAUAAAUGCGAUGAACAAGCACUUCUCAGCGCAGCAUCACCUAAAACGGUCACAAGUGUCAUAUUUUUCAAAGUUCCUUUUUUCUCCCAGCAAAUUGCUUGAAAAAAAAAAGAAAGAAAGAAUAGAAAAGGUUCAAUAAGGGGAUUAGAAAAGGAUUCGGAUUCGAUAAAUCGGAUUCUGGAUUCAGAUUUGACAAAGGAGGAGGAAGAGGAGGAGGAGGAGGAAGAGGAGGAGGAGGUCGAGGUGUUUCCUGAUCUCGUAAAAAAAACAAAAAGAUGCUGACACACCAAGAGAGACAGAACAAAGUCGUAAAAAGAGAUUUGUUUUAAUUUAUGAGAUUAUAAAUUUGCGGGUGGCCUUAGGAGACGAGAAUAAGCGUGGCAGAGUGAUGAAGAAGAGGGUCCGGAGGAAAUUUCACCCACUCCGGCCCUCCAACUGUAGCAGGAUGUAGAGAUUUUUUGUAACUUUGUGUAUAUUUUACAACACCGCUGGAGAGUGUAAAUUUGAAGCUAUUUCAUGAAGGAUUUUGAACAUUUAAUAUAUAAAUUUGUCUAUUUAGUUUUUUUAGAACGUGACGUCAAUGACAAAUCUAUCCAGUAGAUAACAUAACCAGUGUGUGUUAAAAAAAAAACAAAAAACAAACAAAAAACAAUAACAACAAAAAAACAACAACAAAAAACAAUAAGUAGACUUUGUAAGUGAUUAAUCAAAGUUUAAUGUUUUAUAUCACUAUAUUCUGGACAAAAACUAUGUCUGUGGAUCAAAAAAAAAAAAAAAAAAAAGAAAAAAGUCACUAUCAGGGUAGAGACUGAUGUCUUUAAUCGUCACAUUUUUAUGGUAUCCUGCUCGAAAUUAUUUAAUAAAUGAAUUAAUCAAGAAAAAAA